GGAAACAGAUGAGAGAGAACACAAAGGAGACUUGGACACGUAGAAAGUGGAUGACCCAGGCUCUGUUACACAUACUUGGAUUCCAACUGGGACCUAGAUUUGCUGAGGACGGCAGCCAGGGAGACAGGACCAUGUGGCUGCUCCCAGCUCUACUCCUUCUCUGCUUCUCAGGCUGUUUGUCUCUGACGGGCCCCGACUCUGUGACUGGCACUGUGGGGGGCUCUCUGAGAGUGUGGUGUCAGUAUGAGAGCACGUACAAGGGAUAUAACAAAUACUGGUGCCGAGGACAGUAUGACACAUCAUGUGAGAGCAUUGUGGAGACCAAGGGAGAAGAGAAGGUGGAGAGGAAUGGCCACGUGUCCAUCAGAGACCAUCCGGAGGCUCUUGCCUUCACUGUGACCAUGCAGAACCUCAAUGAAGAUGAUGCUGGAUCUUACUGGUGCAAAAUUCAGACAGUAUGGAUCCUGGAUUCAUGGUCACGUGAUCCCUCGGCCCUGGUUAGGGUGUAUGUUUCCCCAGCAACCAAAACCCCAAGAAGGACCACACGUCCAGCCACAACUCCCAUCUUCCUGGUGGUGAACCCUGGGCGAAACCUCAGCACCAGGGAGGUGUUGACCAAAAAUUCAGGGUUCCGGCUCAGCAGCCUUCACUUCCUGCUCGUGGUCCUUCUGAAGCUGCCCCUGCUCCUGAGCAUGCUGGGUGCUAUCUUCUGGGUGAACAGGCCUCAGCGGGCUCCUGCUGGGAGAUAGAGCCAGGCUGACCUGAAGCCCUGCAGAGCCCUGUCCCCAGGAGUGCCCUCCCUAUGCAGGGAGUCAACCUUUCAGACUGGAUGC